CCGACGCCAAUUAUCACAGAAGCUGCCUCCAUUGUUCACUGUUCAGUCGACGAAGACGAUCAUAGAAACUGCCUUCGUUGUUCGCUACCUUCGAAUCGAUGGUCUUCCAUGAUGAUCACAACUGCCUUCUCUCUGUUCUUCCAUCUACGCUAUAGAAGCCCAGUCUCCAUUGAAGUUGCGUUCUUCUUCCUUCUCCAG